AUGGAUGAUCUAGCGAGCGUGCUUGCCGCUGCGGGCCUCAAGUCGCAAGGCAAGCACACGCCGAUGGUGCCGAAGCGACCCCCAGGGGGAGGCAUGGGCGGAGGCAUGGGGGGAGGGAUGGGCGGAAGCAUGGGGGGAGGCAUGGGGGGAGGCGGAGCACCCAGCUGGGGUGUCGGCGGCGCAGGAAUCGGGGGAGGCCAGUUGGGCGGAAGCGGUGUGAGUUCCGGAUUGGGGGGAGGCACGGGGGGAGGGAUGGGUCGAGGGGUGGGCGGGGGUAUGGGGGGGAGUUCAGGAGGUAUGGGGAAUCUAGGAGGUAUUGGAAACUUGGGGGGUAUGGGGAAUUUGGGAGGCAUGGGAGGGGGAAUGGGAGGAGCAGGAGGAAGCAUGGGAAAUCUAGGAGGUGGGAUGAACAAACCUGCUGCAGGUAUGGGUGGUGGCAUGGGUGGGGGCGGAAGUGGCGGCAUGGGUGGCGGCAUGGGCGGCAUUGGUGGCGGCAUGGGCGGGGGCUUGGGCUCCUUUGGGAAAGGCAUGGCCAGUGGCGGCAGUAGCGGCGGGAGUCGGGGCGCGGGUACUGGUCUUUCCAGCAACGCAUUUGCGGGGCUGGGAGUGGCGGAUUUCGGGCUGGGAGGCGGAAGCGGAGCGGGGAGCAAGGGCGGCGCGGGCAACACGUCGAGUCGCGGCCAGACCCCCACGAGAUCCGGAAAUUCCGGCAGAUCGUCGCCGUCCGUGACCGAGGAUCUCUCGUCAGGAUCCACCGGCGGCGGCGGCGGCGGCGGUGGCGGGGUGGCUGCGACGGCGUCGGCGUUUGACGAGCUGAUGAGCCAGGGGUUCGAGAUGCCGCCUUCGUCGUCGUCUGCGACGUCGUCGGCGAAAGGCCGGCGCGAUCCGUCGCCGGUGCCUGCUGCUCACGCGGACGACGACCUUCUGGCGGGAUUCGGCAGUUCCGCCAAGCCUACGAGCACCGCGGGGGGUUUAUUCCCCGAGGAGGGAGGCCCCUCACCCAUGCCCUCGCACUCCUCUGCUGCGCCUGCUGCUGCUGACCCGUUUGGAGUCGAUCCGUUAUUCGGUACAGCCGCCCCUGCCUCUGCUUCUGCUGCUGCUGCUGUUCCCGAUCCUUUUGAUGCGUUUGCCAUGCCUACUGCUGGAAGCGGCUCGGGAGGCUCGGGAUUAGGAGAGGGAGGGGCAGCAGGGGCAGGCGGGCGCGGGUCAGGGGGGAGUGGGGGAGGGGAGGAAGCAGGAGGGAGACGGCAGCAGUCGGAGCAGAGAGGUGGAGCAGGUGGUUUGGAUGGGUUUGAUGAUUUUGCUGCUGGUGGCGGUGGGAGGGGAGGAGGGGAGGAGGAGGAGGAGAGGGGAGCCCCGCCCAGAAGGCGGAGGCCGGGAGCAGCGGCCAAUGGGGAGGUGCCAGGUGGCGGGUAUGCUCCACCGUCGGAUUCGGCGUCAGCAGCGGCGGCUUCAUCUGCUGCUAUGAAAGAUGCUAUGGAGAGCGCUCAGCGGAAGGCGGAUGCUGCCCGGGCUGCUAGAGAGAAGGAGAGAGAGAGGGAGAAGGAGAGGGAGAGGGAGAGGGAGAGGGAGAGGGAGAGGGAGAGGGAGAGGGAGCGGGAGGAGAGGGAGAGGGAGAGGCAGAGGCAGAGGGAGAGCGAGAAGCAGCGGGAGAAGGAGAGGGAGGCGGCGAGGCAGCAGCAGCAGCGAGCGCAAGAAGCAAAGAGCAGAGCCUCGCAACCAGCCCCACCAAAGCAGCAGCCUUCGUCAGCCGACGAUUGGGCUGACAUUCUCGGGGGAGGCGGGGGAGGGGGGGCAGGCGGCGGAGGGGCAGCAGCAGGCGUGCGGACAGGGGGAGGCAGUCGGCUGGACGAGUUUCAGGAGGUGGAGGGGGAGAGUGAGGAGCGGCGGCAGCUGCGAUACGAGCGGUUUCAACGCCUGCAGGAGAGAGCGGCGGCAGCGCUGGACGAGAAGAAGAAGCGAGACAUGGACGUUCUCAAGGAGCAGGAGGACAGACACAAAGCUGGCGAGAUGUUGGAUAUUGAGAUCAAGCGGUGGGCAGCGGGCAAGGAAGGCAAUCUGCGCGCGCUGCUCUCCACUCUGCAGUUCGUGCUAUGGCCCGAGUGCAAGUGGGAGCCUGUGGCGCUCACAGACAUCAUCAGUGCGGCAGCAGUGAAGAAGUCGUACCGCAAGGCAGCGCUGUGUGUGCAUCCGGACAAGGUGCAGCAGAAGGGCGCGACAGUGCAGCAGAAGUACAUUGCUGAGAAGGUGUUCGACCUGCUCAAGGAGGCGUUCAACAAGUUCAACUCAGAGGAGCUGUUUUAA